AUGUUGAUUAUGUUGAAAUGCACGGAACAGGUACACUGAUUGGAGACAGGGUAGAGUGUCAGACAGUUGUUGACUGCUUUCUUCAAAAUAGAAAUAAACCCUUACUUGUUGGAUCUGUUAAAUCUAAUAUGGGACAUGCAGAAGUAUCAGCUGGACUGUGUUCAAUUUCAAAAGUUUUGAUUGCUAUGGAAACUGGAAUGAUACCUGCCAACAUAUAUUGUGAUAAUUUAGAUAACACCCUUCCUGGAUUGAAUAAUGGGGGAUUAAAGGUAGUAACGGAACAUUUGCCAUUGGACAGUAACAUCGUGGCUCUGAAUAAUUAUGGUUAUGGUGGAGCCAACGGCCAUGUUGUUUUGAGAUCAAACUCUAAAUCCAGAGCUAAACAUUCACAACUAAAUCAUCGAUUAGUACAUGUUUCUGGACGCACUGAAGAAGCUGUAAACUAUUAUCUAGAAGAAAUCGAAAAGAAUCAAAACGAUCAUGACUUUUUAGCACUGAUUGAUGCCAUACACAGAACAAAUGUUGAUGGACAUCUUUAUAGAGGAUAUUCCGUGUUAGGAACUAAUCCGUUAAAGGAAAUACAAAAAUAUGAUACAAAGAAACGACCGAUUUGGUUUAUAUACAGUGGGAUGGGAAGUCAGUGGUCAGGAAUGGGGAAAGAUUUAAUGAAAUUAGAUGUUUUCAGAAAAACUUUCAAGAAGUGUGCUGAUGCUCUUAAGCCUUAUAAUGUCGAUUUAGAAAAAGUUAUUCUCAGUGACGAUCCAACUGUAUUGGAUGAUAUAGUUAAUUGUUUUUCUUCAAUAGCAGCUGUUUCGAUUGCUUUGACGGAUGUUUUGAAAUCGUUUGGAAUUGAAGCAGAUUUUUUUGCUGGACAUUCUUUGGGCGAAACAGGAUGUGCGUAUUAUAAUGGAGGCAUAACAGCCGAACAAGCUACAUUGAUAGGCUUCGCUAGAGGUUACACCACCCUCCAGGCAAAGUGUAAACAAAAUGGGCAAAUGGCAGCUGUAGGUUUAGGAAAAGAUGAAUGUUUGUCUCUUUUACCAGAAGGAGUGUACAUAGCCUGUGUCAAUGGAUUUAAAAACGUAACAGUCUCUGGAGAAAAAACAAAAGUUAAAGAGUUUGUCGAAGAUCUUACAAAUCACGGCAUUUUUGCUCGUUUAGUACCAACCGCCAACUACGCUUUCCAUUCCAAAUAUGUUAGCGAGGCAGUGCCGAUUUUAAAGGAUUUUGUCGAUAAACUUAUACCAAAUCCCAAACCAAGAUCCCCAAAAUGGAUUUCAAGCUCAUGGGAUGAAGAUGAUUCUGAGAAUCCUUUAUCCAAACUAAACUCCGGUGAUUAUCAUGCUCACAAUUACGGAAACACUGUAUUCUUCGACCAGGUAUUGAAACAAAUUCCUAAAGACGCCAUUUUGAUUGAAGUGUCACCUCACGCGUUGCUCACUCCAAUUUUAAGAAGAGAAUUAGGAUCUGACAUUACUUAUCUGAGUUUAGCAAACAGAAAUAGUCAAGAUAAUGUUCAACAUUUAUUGUCGAACAUUGGGCAAUUGUUUAUUAAUGGAGGACAGCCUGAUUUAAGACAGUUUUAUAAUGAGGUUUCAUUUCCUGUAGGAAGAGGAACAGCAAAUAUCGGCUCUUUAAUAAAAUGGGAUCACAGAGAUAAAUGGUUGGUACCACUGUUUGAUCCUCUCGGUAAAUAUGGAAAACAAGUUAUAGUAAAUAGUGAAUUAGAUACGUACAAGAGUUGGAUUGGUCAUAAUAUUGAUGGUAGGAUCUUGGUGCCAGCUGUAGGAUAUUUGAUGCUUGUUUGGUCCGUCAUGGCAGAAAUAAAGGCAACACAUAUCGAAAAAUUACCAAUCGUAUUCGAAUCUGUAAAAUUUCUUCGAGCAACUGUACUACCCACCGACAAAGACAUCACUUUUAUUGUUAACAUCAUGAGGAAAUCUGGCUACUUUGAGAUUUUUGAAAGUGGUUCUAUCUGUUGCACUGGCACAGUUCAAACUCCACAAAAUAUUUCGAAAUACUUAUCGGAUGAAGAUGAAGAACCGCCAAUAGAAAAUACCGAUUUAGUCUUGGAAAAAGAUGAUAUUUACAAAUCUUUUUAUCUAAGACGUUACUUGUAUUCUGGAAACUUUCAAGGUAUUGAAAGAACGGAUUUGGAUGGCAAUUUUGCAGAGUUAUCGUGGAACCAGGAUUUUACAAGCUUUUUAGAUACUUUGAUUCAGUUACCUUUGGUGUCAAAUUAUAAUACUGCGCUGUUAUUACCAACAAGGUUGCAAAGUCUUUCAAUAGAUCCAGUAAAAUUUCUUUCAAAUUUAACUGAAAUAAACAAGAGAAUCUCGGCAUACUAUCUUAAAAAUACGAAUACAAUAAAAUGCCCAGGAGUUGAAAUAGUUAACAUUGAAAUUUCGGUAGCACCUUCUAGAGACUAUGCUCAAUCAGAUGCUAUUCUACAGAACCAAGUUUUUGUUCCAUACGGUCCAAAUUCAAACAUUACAAGCUUUAGUACUGCAUUAAGUAUUGCAUUACAGAUAAUAUUUGAGAAUUGCAAAGGGAUGAAUUUAGUGGCUAAGAAAUUUCUGACAGAAGAAAAAGAAUUUUUAGAAAAAGCUUUAAAAGAGAUUUUAGAAAAAGAACCUUGUAUUACUGUUGAUUUUGUUGGAUCGUCUCAGAAUUGUGAUUUUGUUAUAACAGAUAUUGUUGACUUUGAAGAAAAUAGUCUUAUUGAAAAUGGCUUUGUUUUAUUUGUUGGAAGCGAUAAACAUACAAUACAUUCGAACUACAAAAUUAUCUAUUCGACGACUACUUGUGAUAGUCAAGAUGUAUACUUAUACAGAUAUCUAAGUCCCCCAUCUUCACAAGUGCUUAUAACAAUAAAUAACGAAGAUUUUACAUGGAUAGAAGAAGUACAAAAUGCUUUAAAUAAUGAAAUUGAAGCAGUGUAUUUAGUAAACAAUGACCAUGGUUUCAGUGGUGUUAUGGGACUAGUACGAUGCAUAAAUCUCGAACCAAUAAAGAAAACAAUUGUGAAGUGUAUUUUUAUUGAAGAUGACAACAUAAAGGACGUAUUGUUAAGUAAUCCUUACUUUGUAAAGCAAUUAAGGAAAAAUUUGGUGUUUAAUGUUUUAAAAAAUGGAGUCUGGGGCGGUUAUCGGUAUUUGCCAUUUCAGAAACUGGAGAAUAAAAAGGUAUCUAAUGCUUAUAAUGCUCCCCUGGUUGUUCGAGAUUUAUCGACAUUAGCAUGGAUUGAGCAACCGGCUGAAUAUGAUGUACCUUGGAAGGGAUCUGAAACCGUUUACGUAUUUUACUCAGCCCUAAACUUUAAAGAUGUCAUGGUUUCAACUGGAAAGUUGAUUAGCACAUCAGCCAAUGCGAAAUAUUUUAACACAACCGGAAUAGAAUAUUCCGGAACGACCAAAGAUGGCAAACGAGUUAUGGGGUUGUCCAUAAAAACGAUAGCGUUACAAACAGUGACUGAUCCGCUAUUCACGUGGAACGUUCCUGACCAUUGGAGUCUGGAACAAGCAGCUACUGUUCCUUCUGUUUACGCCACAUGUUAUUAUGCUCUAUUUGAAAGAGGCAGACUGGAUGAAGGAGAAUCCAUACUGAUCCAUGCCGGUGCAGGUGGAGUAGGCAUAGCAGCAAUAACUCUUGCUUUGAGUAUGAACUGUGAAGUUUACACUACAGUAGGAUCGGAAGAAAAAAGAAAAUUUUUACUCGAGCUGUUUCCGAGGCUAAAUCCUGAAAAUAUAGGACAUUCAAGAAAUGAUUCUUUUGAGAAAAUGAUAAUGAAACGUACUAAUGGAAGAGGAGUAGACAUUGUGUUAAAUUCCUUGUCAGGAAACUUAUACCAAGCAUCGAUUAGAUGCGUGGCACAAGGUGGAAGGUUCCUGGAAAUUGGCAAAGUUGAUCUGUGGUCAGGUACACCUAUCAGUUCAAGCUUGUUUGCGAAAAAUACCACCUUCCAUGGGGUUCAUUUGGAUGCUUUGUUCCUUGAAAAUUCUAAAGUGAAAGAAAGAGUAUCAAAAGGUCUGAGAGAAGGACUUCUAAAAGGUAAUGUUCGCCCUCUACCAAGAGAGAUAUUUACAGAUGACAAAAUAGAAGAGGCAUUUAGAUUAAUGUUAAGUGGAGAACACAAAGGCAAAAUACUAAUAAAAAUCAGAGACGAAAACAAGGAGACAAUACGCUCACCAGAGAAGUUUAUAACUGCAUCUCCUAGGCUAUAUUUCUCAUCAGACUCAACAUAUAUUCUUGUUGGUGGUCUAGGAGGCUUUGGUCUUGAACUCACCCAAUUCCUCAUAGAUAGAGGUGCAAAAAAGAUAAUUUUGAAUUCAAGGCGAAGUACUACAACGGGAUACCAGUCGUACUGCUUAAGAAGAUGGUCGUUCAAUAAAGAACUUGUUAUUAAAAUUAGCAAAGACGAUACGUCAACGUUAGAUGGGGCUGAAGCUUUAGUAAAGUAUGCUAAAAGCUUUGGAACUGUUAAAGGUAUAUUUAACAUGGCCCUGGUCCUUGAUGAUGCUUUAUUCAGAAAUCAAACAGCUGACAAAUACAAAAACGUCUUCAAACCUAAACUAUAUUCUGGCUCAAAUAUGGAUAUAGUUACAAGAAAAUUAUGUAAAGACCUCGACUACUUUGUAGUCUUUAGCACCAUGACCAGUGGAAAGGGUAAUCCGGGACAAAGUAACUAUGGAAUGUCUAAUUCUGCAUUAGAAAGGUUGUGUGAAAAGAGAAAAGAAGAUAAUUUACAUGCACUGGCUAUACAGUAUGGGCCUGUAGCAGAUGUUGGUUUUGUGUUCGAGGCUAUGAAAACUAAGCCUGUCGAAAUGCAUCACCUUGUUCCUCAAAAUAUAUACUCCUGCUUGAAUGCUUUGGAAUCAUUUAUGCUUCAGUCUUGUAUAAUCGUAUCAACAUAUUGUGUGGCAGAGAAGAACAAAACAAGUUGUACUAUUAAGAAAAGUUUGGUGGACACAGUUGCUCACAUCAUAGGCAUUAAAAACAUGGAUGCAUUUGAUAAAAACCAACAACUGCCACAACUUGGAAUGGAUUCCUUAAUGGCUGCCGAAAUAAAACAAGUCAUGUACAGAACGUUUAAUAUUGACAUGGAAGCAGAACAAUUAAAAGACUUAACAUUUACCAAACUGCAAGAACUAUCGCAAAGUUGCAGUAUUGAUAAUCCAAAUUCAUGUACAAACGGAUUCAAAUCUACUGAAGUCAAAUUAAAAAUAGCAAAGGAAUCAGUCAUCCCUAUUAUUAAUGAUCCUUCAUAUACAACCAAAAUAUUUCUCUUUCAUCCGCUUGAAGGACAUAUUAAGGCUUUGAUACCAUUGGCUGAAGAAUUGAAAGCGAACGUAUACGGACUUCAAUCGUUAGAUGACAGAGAUAGUGAGGAUAUGGAAGUUUUAACAACAAAAUUUGUAGAAGAAAUCAGAAGGAUACAACCUGAAGGGCCUUAUAUUCUAUGCGGAUACUCCUUUGGAGGUAUUUUAGGAUUUGACGUUGGUGUGCAGUUGGAGAAGCAAGGUGAACGCGUGCGAAUGUUUUUGAUUGACGGGACACCGUUUUUGAUGAAAAUAAUGUUGAAUUUUAUUUUGGAUAAAAGUUCAAAUGUCAAACAAGUGUCAAAAGCAAAGAUUUUUAGACAUUUCAUUCCGAAUAUUGAGGAAAGGGAUGAUGAGCUCACCACAAUUUUCGAUUCGUCAAUGUCUCACCAGGAAAAAAUAGAGCAAAUAAGAAACAACAUCUUAAGCAAAUAUGGCCACGAUAGAGAAACAGCUCUUUAUAUUAAUGGCCUGUUUCGAAGAGUACUAGCAGGAUACUACUACGAAACGUCAAACAUGUUCAAGGGAGAUGUUACGCUGUUCAGGUCAACUAGUGAGAGCACCCCAUAUUUCUCAAAUGAUUACGACUUGCAACAGGUUUGCAAGCAAAGUAUUGAUUUGAAGCCUUUAAAAGGAAACCAUAGAGAAAUACUGUUUGGUGACAAUUUAUCUUAUAUUGCCAAUGAUAUAAAUUCUUAUUUGUCUCGAUCUCGAUAAGUCAGAUAAGCAUAGAUUGUCAAAAACUCUGUGAUUAUUAAAAAAAUAUGUUUAAAAUUAUGAUAGAGUUUAUUUGUCAUAUUGAAACUUCCCCCAAAUUUUUAUUUUUGAAAAUAAAAAUAUUAUAUAUAAGAUUAAG